CGCGCAGCUAGUCCUGGCCGCGGCGGGGUGAGGAACCAGGCUCUGGGUUCCCGACUGCCGCCGUGGUGCGGUCCGUCUCCACCUCUGCGGCGCAGCAUGAUGCUUCUGGCGCUCGGCGGAAAGAGGACUGUGCUGUGGGCGGCCGCCGCGCUCCGGGGCCCGCGGGCGGCCUCCUCGCGGGCGGCCUCCUGCCGGGGCUCCCCGGGGCUGGUGGGCGGCGGAAGCUCCCGGGUGUGGAGAGUCGCGCCGCCUCUCUCGCCUCGCGUGCGAUCGCAGAUUCCUGUGUCUUGGGAAAGAUGUAUUCAAUGCUUACAUACACAACUUGAGAAAUCAGAAGAUGGAAGGCUAAUUUACACUGGGAAUCUGGCCCGAACAGUACGUGGUGUGAAAUGUUUCUCUUACUCUACCAGUUUGAUCAGCCUUGCAUUUCUGCCAUACAUCUUUGCACAAAAUAAUAUUAUAUUUGGAAGUCUGCCUUUGCAAGUCUUAUUUUAUGGCAUCAUUGGAAGCUUUACAGUGAUUACGCCAGCACUGCUUCACUUUGUUACAAAAGGCUAUGUUAUUCGGCUAUAUCAUGAGGCCACAACAGACACGUAUAAAGCCAUUACUUAUAAUGUUGUGCUUUCAGAAACAAGUACAGUGUUUCACCAGAAUGAUGUUAAGAUACCAGACAGCACACAUAUAUUUACCACAUUUUAUGCUAAAACAAAAUCAUUAUUAGUUAACCCAGUGCUUUUUGCUAAUCCUGAAGACUAUAACCACCUAAUGGGUUAUGACAAACCAUUUACCUUUGAUUUGGAAGAAUCCAGUGAAAACAAACAGCUUAAAGAUGAGAAAUGAGUCUGUUUUUAUGUUUGUGUUUAGAUGUGAUUUAAGUUCCAAUGUAUAAUAAUGUUGCCUUUACCUUUGUUUUCUGGUAGUGACUGAUUGUUUAAAAGGAUUUGGAAUUGUAUAAAACAGAACUUUCAAUUCUCAGAGAAUUAUAUACCUUUAUAAUAAAAUAAGUUAUGU